AUGGAAAGUUCAAGAUUCCCAGAGUCUUUAGUUCAUGGAAAAUGUAGCAGUAAGGAAAGACUUGCACGAAAUAUAGCUGAGAGAUUGUCUGCCUACCAGGAUGGAAAGAAAAAGAUGAAUCCAAAACCAGCCCAGUAUGUUUCAACUAGACCAAAAUCAUAUAUAGACUGGAUAGAGUCAAGAUUGUCUCAUUAUGUCUCGCAAAUGACCUGGUCAAAUGAAGAAGUUGGAUUGGAUUUUGGUUGCGGUUCAGGUCAUGUAACUAGAGAUGUGCUUUUACCACACUGUCCAAAUCUGACCAAGGUUAUAGCACUUGAAGUCCAACCAGCUGUUGUGGACUACGCCAAGCAGACAUUCAACCAUGAAAAGAUUGAAUACAUGGUACUGGAUAUAAUGGAAAGGACCCCUCAAGAGUGGGACAAAAUGUUUGACAAGGUAUUUUCUUUCUUUUCUUUUCAUUUCGUCAAAGAUUGUCGAAAAUAUUUGAACACUGUUCGUCGUUUAUUGAAACCGGGAGGAUAUUUUCUUACACUGGGCGUGACUUCCGUUCCUCUAUUUUACGUUUGGUCAGAGAUGUCAUCAAUGGAACAAUGGAAAGAUUAUUUUAAGCUUGGAAAGUUAUAA